UCAGAUCAUGGUCUGUGAUCUUGAAUGUCGCUCAGUCGUUGGUGUGGAAAGAUGGGAGCGGGAGAAACUGCAAAAGGUCAUUGUUAAUUUCACGCUGUUCGCAGAUGUUUCAAAAACGGGAAAUACCGACAAUUUAUCUUUCAGUCACAACUACGGUGCCUGUUCUUCGAUCGUUUCACAGUAUAUUGAGCAAUCACAUUUCAAGACCGUCGAAGCUCUUGCUUAUGGCGUAUCCCAGGUUUUAAUAGCAGGCUGUGGAGUGGUAAAGGCCUGUGUUCGUGUGGAGAAACCGACUGCAAUUUUAUAUGGUAGAUGUGCAGGCGUGGAGAUGACGCGGACAUGCUAUGACUUCCCAUUGGGGUUUCUUCAAUGCAUCAAUGAAAAGUACACUCUGGGCAAAUCGAACCCAGUUUUCGAAUUUCCAACAGAGACUGCGACGUCUACGACACAUGAGGACAAGAUAUUCGUCAGUGAUUUGCUGAUCAGGUGUAUUAUUGGUGUGAAUUCCUGGGAGAGGUUACAGAAACAAUCGGUCAUUUUAGACCUCACGUCGACGAUGGACCUCGGUGUAGCUGGAACAGCCGAUUCUAUCUUGCACUCUUGUAACUAUAGGGAUAUAUCAACUGAAACUGUAGCAUUUGUUGAGGAAAGCCAAUUUUUGACUCUGGAAGCAUUUGUGACUGCCGUUGCGAAGUUAUGCGUGCAACGAUGUCAUGUAAAUGAGAUUACGGUGAAGGCGAGGAAGCCCACGGCCUUAUUAUUUGCUGAGGCAUCUGCCGUCGAAAUAACCAGGAAAGCUGAGGAUUUCAGCUUAUAGCGUUGACUUGCAUUUUAAAUUUAGAGUUUAACUCACGACUCAUUCUCCCAGUCUCAGUCAGAAAAUAUUUGUGAAUUUAGUUGGAAGCAAAUUGGAGAAUGAACACUUUGUGAUUAAUCAAGUUAAAUAUGUCAAUAAACAGCUUUUGCUAACAUAGAC